GGCAACGCGAAGAGAGAGAAAACAACGAGCGAAAGAAAAGAAGAGGAAAAGAAAAAAGAGGCUCAGUUUCUCCGCACCCACCCAGCCACCGUCAAAACCGAUCUCCUUCCUCGAUUCUCCAACACUUCUGAGAGCCCAAUCGACGCGUCUUUCUUGGAUAUUCGCACCGUCAACUCCCGAUUCCCUCCCGAAUCGCUUCGAUACUUGCAGGAAUUCUAGUGAAAUUCCUUAGAUUGUGAUAUGCAUCCGGAGAUAUAACUUAUUAGGGUUUCUGGCGAUGGGUUUGCAAGAUUCGGAUGUUGUCGACGAUGGGGAUGGGGGAGGGAAGGCCUCGCCUAUUUCCUGUUCGAUUUGCCUGGAGGCUGUGGCGGAUACCGGGGAUCGGUCCUGGGCGAAGCUCCAAUGUGGUCACGAAUUUCAUCUCGAUUGUAUUGGUUCUGCGUUCAAUAUAAAAGGAGCGAUGCAAUGCCCCAACUGUCGGAAAAUUGAAAAAGGUCAAUGGCUUUAUGCAAGUGGUUGUCGUCCAUUUCCUGAGUUUAGCAUGGAUGACUGGGUUCAUGAUGAGGAUAUAUAUGAUCUAAGUUACUCUGAAAUGUCUUUUGGAGUGCACUGGUGUCCGUUUAGUGGAUUAACAAGGCUUCCUUCGUCUUUUGAUGAAGGGGAAUUUUCGUCAUCCACAUAUCAUGAUCUUCUUGGACAUCAUGCUGUGUUUGCUGAGCAUACAGCUGUAUCAUCUGCUACUCAUCCUUGCCCCUAUAUUGCUUACUUCGGACCAGUUCACCCCUCAUCUGCAAAUACCAGUGGGAAUGUUUCUGAUGGUUCUAGUUUCAAUAGUCACUGGAAUGGGCCAUCUGUUCCUAGCGAGAUGUCCACCUCUUAUUCUUUCCCUGCCAUGGAUGUGCGUUACCACAAUUGGGAACCCCACUCCACUCCCUUUCCAGCAUCAAGCAAUCGUGUUGGUGGUGCUGAUCCGGCUUUAGUUCCUCCUUUGGCUCACAGGGCAGCUAGGUCAAGUUCCGAAAUGCCAAGAUCAGGAUCUUUUAUGCAUCCAUUCCUUGUGGGGCACAGUUCUGCUAGAGCUGGGAGCUCAAUAGCCUCUUCAAUGGUUCCUCCUUACCCUGGCAGCGUGGCUCGCACCCGUGGCCGAGUCCAGGCUCUCCAGGCAUACUUUCAGCAGCCCAGCAAUACACCGGCUAUACGCACCCCUAUGGUAUCUGCCACAAGGAGAUCAAGCACUCAUAGGGGCGUUGCUCAAGUUGGACCACUUGCCUCAUCUUCUGAUCAGACGGCUGGGUUAUACUACUAUCCAUCUGCGUCAUCUGGCCGAAACUUUCAAGAAGCAGAAAACCCUGUGCCAAAUCGGUUCCAUGCCUGGGAAAGAGAGCACUUGAAUCCAUUCUCGAUGAACCAAAUGGAUAGAGACCCGAUAUGGGGGACCUUUCAUCAGGCAGCAGGCGGGUCAGAGACGGCCAUGAGGUCCAGCACGAGCUUCCGGCAGAGGCAUGGUGGAUCUGAGAGGACGCCAUCACUAAAUCGGUCAUAGACUUGUAUUAUUUUUGUUUUCGGCAAGAAAACCAUAAACCCUAUGACUGUGGAACAUGGAAUUAUGUAUGUUUGAGAAACAAAUGUACAAUGCUUGCGCUUGCUCUUGAGCAUCUCUCUGUCACUGUGGCAGAUGAUGCUAAUGGCUGUUGCGUGGACGUGGUGGCUCUGAAAUUAUGGCUUCUUGUAGAGCCGUUGGCUUUGUGUGCUGGAAUGGACUGGCUUCCUUCCUUUCCCCUGAUCCUCGGGAUUUCAUAUAAAGAAUAAGAAUGCUUGUUGAAUGGCAGAA